AGUGGCUGGCCGAACGAAGGGAAAAGAGAAACAUUCGUAAUCAUCGUGACAACCCAGUCACAGUUCAGUUUCUCUGAAAAAUAAGAGAUUUUUUACUGGAAUUCACGUUUGUAAUUGAAAAUUUCGUGCAAAUUAUAAUACUUAAAGGUAACCUGCGUUCGUUUUCUGACGUUUCCAUAGUAAAAUCGAGUUCCUGAACGGCGGUUCCAACGAUGGCCACCAGGAAGAAAGUUUUGUUGAAGGUGAUCAUCCUCGGAGACAGCAGCGUCGGAAAGACUUCGCUGAUGAAUCAGUACGUGAACAAGCGAUUCUCCAACCAAUACAAAGCCACUAUCGGGGCGGAUUUUCUGACCAAGGAGGUGGUUAUCGAUGAUCGAGUUGUGACGAUGCAGAUAUGGGACACUGCUGGCCAGGAACGGUUCCAAUCUCUCGGCGUGGCCUUCUAUCGGGGUGCCGAUUGUUGCGUCCUAGUCUAUGACACGACUGCACCAAACACCUUCAAGAAUCUGGAUUCGUGGCGGGAUGAAUUCCUGAUCCAAGCAAGCCCACGUGAUCCUGACCAUUUCCCAUUUGUUGUGCUGGGAAACAAGAUUGAUCUGGAGAAUCGAGCUGUAUCGACGAAACGUGCCCAGCAGUGGUGCCAGGCCAAGAAUGAUAUUCCUUAUUUUGAGACGUCGGCCAAAGAAGGCAUUAAUGUUGAUCUCGCGUUCCAGACUAUUGCCAAAAAUGCACUAGCCCAGGAGAGUGAGGUUGAGCUCUACAACGAGUUUCCAGAUCAGAUUAAACUGAACGCGGACCGCAACAACCGACCCCGAAACGGGGAUAACUGCUCAUGCUAACUGCGACUAAAUAGGUAAAAAAUGAAAAAAUCCACAUCAACAAAAAGUUAAAUCAAUAGAAAGCGCAUCGAUACACUGUGCGCUAGAAAUAAUUGAACCAUAGCUGCUGGUGCGGCCUUGUAACUCUUCGAUUAUAUCCUGAUCCCGAUUUUCUCCAACUCCACUUUAAUGUUGUCCUAAUCACACGAUAAAUUCGCGCUCCCCUUCAACCAUUUUACGUAGGAAUAAUCAGGCUGACGACGUUCCUGUUGUCAGCAAACAUACACUUAUAACUUCCUUCGUUUGAAAAUUGGCAUGCCCACAUCGCUUAUUAGUGUUAGGAAUAUUUCUUGACUCCAAGAUUAUUUCAUUUCGAUUUUGUUAAUUUUGAAUUCCGUGCAAAAGCCUCCCAUCAAACUAUUGAAUUUGUGUCAGUUAAAAUGUCUCUGUUGAAAACUUUAACAUGAAACUCUGUGAACAUGGACAACUUUAUGGAAGAUGUAUAAUAGUAAACGUAAAGAUCGAAAUAAAUAUGUCAGACGAAACACAUCCGAGCAAUGGAGUAGGAUUCGAUUGGCUGUCCGUAGUUAUGUUAAUGUGUAAACACGUAACCAUACAAAAAUGUGAUUAUAAAAAUCUUUCAGAACUUUUUUAUUUAGAAUUUGAACAAAAUUCAACUUUAUAAAGACUCACAUUACGACACUUCUCGUGUACAUUUUUGGACGCUUCCGGAUCACAACCUAGACAGCGCGAAAAGGACUUCGCUUGCGCGACGCUUUGAACAAAUGAUUAAAAUAUCAAAAGUUGGAACGAAUUCAAUUGAUAAAGUUUAGCCCAUUAGGAGAGCAGAGCUAAAUAUCAGAUAUAGACAAAUAAUACCUACUGAUCAGUGUCCAAGAACAAUUGAAAUAGUAAUGCUAAAGUAAACAUUCAACAAACACGAUAUAUAAACAGCCAAUAUUGCAUGCUUAAACUAAUCUGUUAUGGCUUAAAUGUUAUUAUUUUUUUUUUGGUUCUCCAUAUCACCGUUAUUAGUAUAAACAAAAUUUCAAACCAUUUUUUGCUCUGGUUUGGCGAUUGAUAUUCGAAUUGGUUACAAAAUCACCAUUUAUCAAACAUUUAACAGACAAGUGUGCAAUCGCGAACAUAUUUCCAUCCGCGUAGUAAAACAGUUCAAUAUCAGCAUGCUGAAAAAUGUUUUGAAAAAUAUAAUGAUAGACAGUAAAGGUAAAUUAGUGAUGUUUUUUUUUCUGUUUUCGUACAUGAUUUCGAUAUGCUAUUAUGAAUGUAUACAUUAUUUUUCUUUUUGGGAAGCUGAAUGGAUCCCAUUCUAAAUUCUACAUUAUUCGUUUCUCUUUGCUGUAUGAAAAAGUUUAGAGGGAUGAACUAUUUAAAGUAGAUAUAAUGAAUAAAAAUACUGAUAAAAGGAAAACAUAAAAGUGAUACUAGUUAUCAA